AUGGAUGAUUUGCGUCGGCGAGCUGACAAAUACAUGCAGAUGGAAGAAUUGGCUGAGUUCUGGAACCAAGCCCGGGCGGAGGUGUCGGCAAAACUUGACAAGCCGGCCGAGACUAAUUUUCAGAGUCGUCCGAAAGAGCUGAUUCCUCGCGAGAAGCCUCCUCGCGGGCCGAGAUACUCACAAUAUACGCCACUUAAUACAAGCAGAUCGGCCGUCCUAGAGCAAGCACUUGCCUCAGAGCUGCUAGCAGUCCUAGAACGAGCUUUGACCCCUCCCAGGGCUGAUACAACAAAGUCUUGCAGGUACCACCGUAAUCAGGGGCAUUCCAUAGAGGAAUGCGCGGCUUUGAAAGACAAAAUUGAAGACUUAAUCAAGGAACGUAGUAGGUCGAGAGAUAGGCGAGAGGAAGAGCCUUCGACGCAACCUAGGCGGGUCAUCAAUACCAUAGCCGGUGGAUUCGCUGGCGGGGGCUCAUCCUCAUCGGCCCAACGAAGACACCUGCGAGCCGUUCGACACGUGCAUGCAGUAGAAACAGCUCAUCGCCGCCUUCCUACUAUCACUUUCACCGAGGCCGACUUCAAAGGCAUCGACCCGGACCAAGAUGAUCCGAUGGUAAUCAGUGUUGAAAUUCACAAUUGUAUUGUACGUAAAACAUUGGUUGAUCAAGGAAGUUCAGCCGACAUCCUGUAUUGGAACACGUUCAAGCAGUUGGGUAUUCCAGAAUCCGAGCUAAUUCCUUAUGAUGAACCUCUGGUUGGGUUCUGA